AUGAGUUAUUCCCGGACAUUAUCAUUAAUCAAACAUAUCCAAUGUAGAAGAUCUAUUUCAAAUAAAAUCCAGCGUGGCCACGGAAUUACUUACGACGAGAAGUCCAUAAUAGGGUAAGCCCCCGUAGCAGCGCUUAACGGUAAAAGAUUUUCGGCAGAUCAGAUUUUCCACGUUGUGUACAAGGUGGAAGACUACCCUCUGUUUGUUCCGUGGUGUAAGAACUCUGUAAUCCACAAGAGAUCCGCUGGUAUUUUAGAAGCAGAACUCUUUGUGGGCUUCCCUCCCCUUAACGAGCAUUACAAAUCAAGAGUAACCACAGUAUAUCCAUACGUGAUCAGAGUAAGUUUGUACAUCUGCGGCCAUUUUAAAAACUAUUUUUAGUCGGUCUGCACUGAUGGAAGGUUGUUUAAUAUCUUUGACACAAUCUGGAGAUUUGGAGAAGCCCCUUCAGAGUACCCCAAACAGACAUGCUUGCUACAUUUCACUCUCGAAUUUGAAUUCAAAUCGAACCUCUACCGUCAUUUGGCUAACAUUGUCUUCGCACAAGUUGCCAAGAGUAUGGUUCACGCGUUUCUGAAGAGGGCGGAGUUUAUUUACGGACCUCCAUCAAUGAAACCAGAGACCCUAAAAUGA